AUGCGAUCUCAGAUCCUCCGAUGCUUCAUUUCUGGCGGAUUCCUAACGCUCCUCCUCGCCGUCUAUCUAGCACUCUCCCUCACUCAAAAUAUUCGCAGUAGCGAGUUUACCGUGCUGUUGAUUCUCAUCAUUCUGUUCGUCACGAUAUUCUUCUGUCACGGCUUGAUACGGUUAUGCAUGCUCGUCAUCCGACCACGGGCCGACGACGAGGCUAGGCCGCCGAUGCCGCAACUCUUGGCACCCGGCGGCUACGCCGUACCACGAGAACCGAUCCGAGUCGUGCUGGCGCGUGAUGAAGAGGAGCAAGGGGAGGUCAGCGAGGCGGUCUUGGCUAAGCCCCCAGCCUACGGUCUCUGGCGAGAGAGUGUGAGGGUUGAUCCCAACCGCAUCUACUGGCAGCGCAACCCGAAUGCCGCGCCGAAUGAGGAGGCAUCCAGUCGCGGAGAAAGCAGCACUGGUCCUCGACCACCAUCAUACGCAUCAGAGGAUGGGCUCGACCCCGAUCCAUGGCCCCGGCAGCAAUGA